CGGUCGGGCGCCGGGGGGCAGGCCGCUCGCACGGCGCGCUCUAUAAAGCAGGACACGCUGCAGCCUGCGCACGCGGUGGGGAGAGCGAGCGUGAGGUGUGUCUUCAAGCUGAGGGGCCACCCACCACCACCCCAUCUUGGUGGUUCCUUCAGGAGUUGAACAGCCUGGCCAUCCCUCGGUGGUUCCUCCAGGCGUCCCAGAGCGCCACCAUUCCUCUGGCACCCGUGGCCGCGCCCCUCCCGGCCUCUUCCCGUCCCCCAGCGGGAGCGGCCACAGCCAUGGCCGAGAGAGCCCUGGCGCCUACCCAGGUGGGGCGGGGCGACCGCUACUACACGUACACUGAGCUCCUGGCCAUCGCGCGGCGCUUCAGACAGAACCCCAAUGAGCUCAUGAUCACCUGGAUCCUGCGGGUGUAUGACCAAGGGGGCCCAGCGCUGUCCCUGAAUUCCAGGGAGCUGGCGCUGCUGGGCGACCUGACCAGUGAUGCCGUCUUCAACUACCACUGCAAGGCCCUGCGGGGUGGCUGCCGAACGCUGCUGGCCUGGCUGCUGCUGGCCUGGCGCCAGCGCUGGGAGUCCUUCCUGCACUUCGAGGCCACUGAGCUGCCUUUCCGGCCCUGGACCACCAUGGAGGAGGGCAUCCAGCUGGUGCGCGAGCUGGGCAUGCUGGACUGGAUCUACCGAGAGCCACCCCUGCCCAGCGAGCCUGAGCGCCCAGCGCCCGAGGACGUGCCCUUCACGCAGGGCCUGCAGCGGCGCCUGCUGACGGCCGCUCCCUCCGAGCUGCGGCUCUCGCUGGUCAGCCUGCUGGUCAAGGGCAUGACGGUGCUGGAGGCGGUGAUGGAGAUCCAGACCAUAGCCGAUGUUGGCCUGCUCUGGCGCCAGAGCCAACCUGGCCGCACCAAGCUCAUGCUGGGGCCCAACCCAACGCGCAAGGACCUCAUGGGCUGGCUGCUGAGCCACGGCGUGCCCAGGGAGCGGGUGGACAAGCAGCCCACCAAGGUCCUCCUGGAGCUGUACAUCAAAGAGGCCAAGCGCAGCCGCAGCCAUGCCGCCUACGGGCUGGGGGAGGAGCAGCCCCCGCCUCCCCCAUACUCUGACCAGGCCAACGGAGGGGACCCACCAGUGCCCGUGCGCCACGACUAGGCCCCAGGGUCCAGUUGGUUCUCGGAGCGGGGAAGGGAGGCUAAAUCCCAGGCGAGCCAACUGGCAGGGAACAGGGACAUUGGAGGGGAGGCCCAAAGCCUCAGUGGGGUCUCCUGUGUGCCCCUGAAUGGACUGAGGGACGCCCCUGGCCACCCUGUGGGCCUCACUGGCCAGAGCUGGAGAAGAACGGCUCCUGGCCGAGAGCUGCUGCAGGAUUCGGGGAAAGUCUGCUACAUUUCAGUCUGAUACACUUGAGCCCGGUGGGUGUCUGGGGGUCGGUACCCACCUCUCUGCCACAUGGGCCCCCAAAGCACUGCAGGCCAAGUGGGAGAGCCCAAAGCCCACGACAUGGAAGCACCUGGAAGUUUGCACACUUUCUCAAGGCUUUUUUUUAAAUGCAGUAUUUUAACCUAUUACUUUUUCAGCAUAGAACAGGAUUUAGGGAGGCUCUUUCCCCCCUUUGUGAUGUCUUUUCUCUUGAGACCUUUUUUAUGCAAGGCCUUUUCUCUUUUAAAAUGGAACUUUGCCCUUUGCUCACCUGGGGAAGGUGCAGCCUGUUUCUUCCGAUUCCUCUAGCUGGGUGUGCGGCUGGAGUGUCUGCUAAAUGCCUGGGUGAGGGGUGCUGGGGCCCAGAACCCCAGCUUUGUGGGGAUGGACAGCCCUGGCAGACAGUGCCAGGCACCCAUUAAACACCUCGCAUGUCCCUG